AGAAGUUCUUCUCUGGUUGGGAAUAUUCGUUUUCGUACAUAAAACCCACCGAAAUCUAUUGUGACUAUUUAUAGUAAGAAGAAGCAUUCAUUAGGAAACAAUUUAAAAAAGCUACAACGAAGAUUUAUAUAUUAACGUUAUUAAUCGAAUUGUGCAAUAAUUUACAAAACAAAUAAAAGAAAAGGAUAUGUUAUGUUUUAUUCCUUGCCUAAGUUUUGGUGAGGAACUAAGAAGUGUGUGAUGGCCCCAUGGAAUUUAAAAAAACUACAUCAUUUUUCAAAACAAAGAUUUAUAUUGUAUCGAUAUGCGACUUCUUUGGAAAAAAUAUAUACCUACGCCGAUGUCUUGAAGGAAGUGACUGCAAUAUUGGAUAUAUUCAAAGAAUUGGAAAUUGCACCGCAGAGUGGUAUUGCUUUGUUACUGCAGGAGCAUACUCCGGCAUCCUGUGCGUUGCUGCUGAGUAUAUUAAAUGCUGAUUGCUACUUCUGUCCGUUAGAACUGAAUACAUCAGUGGAGUCAUUGACAGCCAACUACCAAGCAAGUGGUGCAACUUAUUUUAUUGCGGAUAACGACACGCACGAACAACUUCGAUUAUGUUUGCUGAAACAAUUGAAAUGUUUUGAUUUGAUUUUGUAUAUAAGUAAGAAAGUGUCUGUUGACGCAAUACCAAGGACUCUAACAGAGUGGGACAAAAUUUGUUAUAUUAUUGGUACAACAGGCAGUACAGGUGCACCAAAAAUGGUACAUGUACCAUAUAGCUGCAUUGCACCUAACCUAGCACUGAGUAAACAUUUACAAUUGUCUGCGAAAGAUAUAAUAUUUUUGUGCUCACCAUUUACAUUUGACCCGUUCAUAGUGGAAUAUUUAUUGGCAUUGGAUAAUGGCGCUGCAAUAAUAAUUACAACGUCUAAAAUACGUUUAUCUCCACAGAAGCUUGUGAAUAUCUUAUUUCCAAACAACUGCAAUAUGUGUGGAGUUACCACAUUGCAGUUGACACCAUCGUUGUUUCGUUUGUUUGGCGUGGAUGCAAUACGAGAUAUUAUAUUAAGUCCAAACACCAGUUUAAGAAAUUUAAUUUUAGGUGGUGAACAAUUUCCUAGCGUAGCCGAAUUACAGAGUUGGUUCUCAAUAAAUAAAAACCAACGCAUACAAACGCGGCUUUUUAAUAUUUAUGGUAUAACAGAAGUUUCCUGCUGGAGCACGAUUUAUGCAUGUGAAUUAAAUCGACUAUAUGAGAAACAAGAUAUUCCAAUUGGACAACCAAUAGAGAAUGAAACUUUAUUGCGUAUUGUAAAUAAUAAUGAUGAAGAGUUAUUUGGUAUUGAAGAAGGUGAACUACAAGUGGGUAGUAAGAGCAGAAAGUGCUACAUACCACAAUUAGACCAAGUAACUUCUGAAACACAAUUAAACCUCACAUCAAAUGAGUUACUUUUUCGCAGCACAGGCGAUUUGGUGCGGCGUGAUGAAAUUGGUGACAUAUACUAUUUGGGCAGACUAAAUAACACAAUUAAGCGUUUUGGAAAACGUUUAAGUUUAGAUGUAUUGUCUCACAAAAUAGACGCUAUACUACGCCCAACUUGCGUACAAAGUAAAUGUAUCUGGAAUGCUAAAUAUACUAAACUUAUUUGUUGUUUAAAUAAACAAAAACGUUUCAGUGAAAGUCAAAAAAGGAUAUGUAGGAGUCUACUUUUAAAAGAACUUCACUCUUAUGAGAAACCAGACACUAUUGUUUUUAUGCGAAAGAUGCCACUUAACAAACACGGUAAAUUGAAUCACACUGAAUUACUAAAAUCAGUUGUUUCACGAGUGACUGAGUCAACAUCCGGAAGCCACACGUCUAUACAAUCAACAAAAACCCGCUUCUCAUCCAUAGAUCUUUUGGGUUUACAACAACAACAAAAAUCUAUACUUACUUUAAAGGUAGAUGGAAGGAAAAAACAACCAAUUGAUAUAUUCAAACAUUUUUUGGUUGAAACACUGGGAUUACAAUUAACGGUCACUAAAAAAAUUGUAACGAAUUGUUUAGAAAAUCCUAAAGGUACGGAUUUAUCAUUUCUUGCUGCUGGUGGCAGUUCAUUUAAUGCGUUAAGCUUAGUUAAUGAAAUUGGCAUGCUUCUCCCAACAUCAGCUGUACAGUCUAACUUCCUAAAUAUGUUGCUAAAUGAAAAUAUUGCAAUUGCGGAACUGUUAACUUUUCUUAAGCAAUAUGAAAACAUGUCUUCUGAGAGUAGGCAUACAAAAGUCACAUUAGAUACACAAUCAUACCUGAUGGGUAAGCGUAAACUGCUUCUAAAUUGGCGUGCUGAUUUAAAAAAAUGUGUCGAUGCUACACCCACAGUGGCAAUGAAUCGCUACAUUUGCAUUGGUUCGCAUGCACACAUAAUGGUUACUUUAGAUGCAUACAGUGGGCAAGAAAUUGCACGCGUUACACUUCCUGAUCGUAUAGAAUGCGCUACCGAAUUUGUAGUACACCAAGCUGAUGAUGAACACUUGGCAGUAGUUGGCUGCUAUGAUGGUUAUUUGUAUGUGUACGAUUAUUUAUUGGGAAAAAUCUAUUGGUCCAUGAAUAUUGGUGGCCUGAUCAAAGCUAAGCCAUUACUAUUUAAAAAUGUUGCCAUUGUUGGAAGCUAUUCUGUUGAAUAUAAUUUAGCAUGCAUAUGUCUUAAGACACGAAGUUAUAUAUGGCGCUUACGAUUGGGCACUAAAGGUAUAUUUAGUACACCAAUUUUGGCGAAUGACUGUGAAAUAUUUGCUUGUAGCUUAGAUGGUACAUAUGCAAAGAUUCAUUUGAAAACUGGUGAAAUCGUAUGGUCAAAUAAAUGUAAUACACCGAUUUUUUCAACUCCCGCGUUAAUAUGUAGGAAUACUAAACUAGUUGUAGCUGAAGUCGGUGGUAAAGUACUACUAUGCGAAGCUGAAAAUGGCGCACAUUUAUUUACCUACAAGUUGGAGGGAAACAUAUUUUCGAGCAUAACAUGUUUCACAGACAAUGAUGCUGAUACUAUAUUUUUGAUUUUCGGUUGCCAUGAUCAUAAUCUUUAUUGCCUUAAAUAUUUAAAAACGGAUAAGAUCAACACUUUGCAACUUUGUUGGAAAACCUUCCUACAAUCCCCAAUUUAUGCAACUCCAGUUUUGCUAACUGACGAUAAAGAAGCUUUUAUCGUGGUUAGUUCCACAAAGGGCUUAAUUUCUAUAGUACAUCUUCAUACUGGUGUUAUAAUAGCAAGCCAUGAUAUGCAAGCUGAAAUUUUUUCAACGGCAUGUUACAUACCGACUCAUAAGAAAAUAUAUAUUGGUUGUCGUGACAAUUAUGUAUAUUGUUUGGACUUUGUAUAAUGAAUUCUUUUAAUUUAUUGUUUUAUUUUUAAUGAAAAGAUAUAAAAUUGUAAUA